CCUUUACAAUCACAGGAGACGCCCAACACACAGACAAAUAUUAAAUAAAUAUUAAGCAUGAAACACAUUUAAAACCAAUUGCAAUCAUUGCGGAGAUUCGUCCAUUCAAUAAUAUUUUGCUAAGCUCAGUCAUGGUGACAAACGUGAGCCUGUGAGGAAAUGAAGAGAAGUCUUUGCAAAAUAAAAAUGAAAUAAAAGCUGAAAACAAAACCAAAACAAAAGUCUCCACUAAAGCCCAGGAGAAAAAGGGUGCCUUCUUCCCUUCCUACACACCCCUCUUUUGGAUGGACCUCUUUCCCUUUCCCACUCCAUUUCGCUCCACUGAGGGUCCCCUAUGAGUAUGACCAAGGCGGGGGGUGGAAGAAGGAGAAAGUGGAGUCCAGCCUUUGCCCCACGUCUUCUUUCGGUCCUCCAGGUGAGAGGGAAAGGGCAGCAACGGCACCGGGACUGUCCUGCUCCUAGCCCCCUUUCCCUUUCCCAAAUUUGGUUCUCAACCUUGGCUGGCGAUCGAAGCAUUCUUUCUUUUAAGGUCUCCUAUCCGUGUCUAAAAGGGGGAAAGAAAGUGAGGUACCGUUCCCUCCCCCCAAUCUUUUUAUUCUGUUAUCCAGAUGGGAGGGAAGCUUAGAGAGGAGGUCAGGAGUGCCCCGGCCACUAGCCCCCUUUCCCGAAUCCUCUCAGUUCUCAACCCUUGGCGUCGAGCCAUGAUAUCACUUCCUAAGGAAACCGAGACAGCAGUCAAGAGUUGGUGGCACUAAGAUGUCAGACAGGAGAGCUCAGGAAGGGAGGACGUGGUGCAGUGGGGUAUUUGUGCCUGGAAAGAACCAGGGAACAUGCAUUCAGUCUUUUAGCAAUAUCAACCCUAUCCAAAACCCAAAUGGUGCCCUACAGACUUGGCCAAAAGUUUCCUGGGGUGGUGAAGCUGACUCUGCAAAGGUCUCAUUUGAUAGUUGGCUGCCCAACCAAUUGGGUUCCAGGGAGCCAUGGCAAAGGAAAGGGGAGCAAAGGGAAAUAUUCACUGCUAGGAUGUUUGAUGCCCCCUCUGCCCGCCAGAGGAACUCUGCUGCUGAUGGUGGUUUGGUGGGUAGCAACUGUAAGGUUGGACCCGCCGCUUGCUUCUUCCAGGGAGUAUGGAGUCCAUGGUACUCUUUGAAGGCUCCAGGAACCAAACUGCUGAUCGUGGCACUUUGCCUGAACUUCCUGGCGGAAGUGAGACCUUGCCCUGGGGCUUGUGUCUGUUACAGUGAGCCCAAGAUCACCAUAAGCUGCCAGCUGCAAGGACUCGCAGCCAUCCCCACCGAGAUCCCCGUCCAGACUCAGCGGGUCUUUCUCCACAGCAACAAAAUCGCCACGAUCGGGUCCACCAGCUUCACCUCCUGCCGCAACAUGUCCAUCCUGUGGAUCCAUUCCAACAACAUCAGUAUCAUUGAGCCUGGGGCAUUCUAUGGACUGGAUAAGCUGGAGGAGCUAGACCUGAGCGACAACAUGAACCUGAAGUCCAUUGCCCCGUCCACCUUCCGAGGCCUUGUCCGGCUCCAUACGUUGCACCUCGCUCGCUGCGGACUCUUGGAGCUCUCCACACAGCUCUUCCGAGGGCUUUUCUCCUUGCAGUAUCUCUACCUGCAGGACAACAACCUGCAGAACCUCCAGGAUGACACCUUUGUGGACCUGGCCAACCUUACCUAUCUGUUUUUGCACGGAAACAAAAUUAAGACCUUGUCCGAGAAUGUCUUUCGAGGGCUGACCAACCUGGACCGGCUGCUCUUGCACCAGAACCGGGUGAGCGUGGUCCACCGUCGGGCUUUCCAUGACCUGGGGAAAGUGUUGACCUUGUACCUGUUUAACAAUAACCUGACAGUGCUCACGGGAGAGACGAUGACGCCACUGGUGUCCCUCCAGUAUCUGCGUUUGAAUGGCAACCAGUGGUUGUGUGACUGCCAAGCCCGGUCCCUCUGGGAUUGGUUUCAACAGUUUAAGGGGUCCUCUUCGGAGCUGGAGUGCCACCUGCCUGCCCACCUGGCAGGACGGGACCUCAAGCGACUGGAGAGCUCUGACCUGGAAGGCUGCCUUGACUCCUUCAACCAGGUCCGAACCAGCGUCUUCAGCACCAAGACCCGGUCUGGCAAGCUGCCGACGCCCGGCCCUCCUCUCCUCCUACCGGAGAGCUCCCGAAAAUGCUGCCAGUCAGAAAUGGAUAAAUCUUUUAUUUAUGAAGCCAAAGCCAAGGCGGGUCCCUCUUCGCACAGUAGCCGGGCCUCCCCAAACAACCCGCUCAAGGAUAAGGAGAACAUGGCCAAAACCAAGUACCCAGGGGAGAUGGACCCCAUCAAAAACGGGAGCAACAAGCAGAUCAAUGACUCCCCCUUUGGGACUUUCCCCAGCGUGGUGGAUCCCCCCUUGACCAACUUGAAACCCGAGUUCCUAGGCCCCAUUCAGCCCUCCACAGUCCCGACCAAAAAGAGGCCAGGGUGCUCCAAAAAGAACAAGUCGAGGUCGCAGUGCCGCAUGUCCCAGCCCGCAAAAAGCUCCACCUCUCCGCUCAUCCCGAGCAUAUUCAUCCCGCCUUCGGUGUGGACCCUGAUUUUGUUUGUGCUCAAAAACGAGUCGUUCCCUUGAGCCGCGAUACUCCCGACCCCCAGACUUUUGCUUAAAAAAAAAGAAAACCAACCAAGAAAUGGAAAACUGACCAUAAUUUGCGCUACCGCCACCACACCCUGGACGCCGUGAUCGAUCGGAGAAAACUUUGCGACGCAAACCGUUAACUGGAUGCCUUUCUUGACCUAAAACAAAGGAAAAAGACCCUCCCCCCAAUCGCCCACCGACACACACACACAAACCAACAAAAAUUGUAUAUAAUUUAUUUGUCCCUCCUCCUGAAAUCUAUGUGUUUGAUUUGUUGUUUUUGGUCCUUGGAACAACGCUUCUCUCCCGGUUGGUCGUUCUCCCCGAAGCAGAGGGUUCAAACUGGAAAAGGGGAGGGGAAGUCAAAUAAAACAGGAAACAAGCGACGAGGUGCGACAAGUUCACUUUCACAAUGUGUUGUUUUUUUAAAAAAAGAUAUAGAAACGGAAAAAAAGCAGAUAAGCGUGGCGUGUAAUUAGAAACUGUUCUUGAAUGAUGUUUGCCAGUUUCGCCACCAUUGUUUUUCCCUCCCACGAUGCCAUGUUUACGGAAGGGGGGCAUUUGUUCAAGAAUGCUUCCUCAUCAUUCACUCAAGGCUGUGGUGUGUAUGUAUAUAUAUAUAUAUAAAUAUAUAUAUACAUAGAUAGACAGAUAUGCAUUUUAUUUUACAUGUGUACAAGUGCAACAGAAAGAGAAAGAGAUGCAAAAUAAAGAUUUCCUCAUUUUUUUCCC